AUGCAUGCUAUUUCUUCGCUCAAAAAAACCGGCUCGCGCGCUAGCAUUUCUCGUUCGCUUGAUAAAAAUGACGAUUUUCAGACCUUCGAAGAUGAGUAUCAAUUGACUUCUCCUCGUGAGUUGAGAAAAUCAAGGUCGAAAAUGAGCAUCAAUGAAAACGGGGAAAAGAUCUCGCGAUCAGCUUCGAAACGAUCACGUGGGAGAAGAUCUGAAUCGAGAAAUCGAGACCGAGAUGGCCGCGAAAGAGGGGAGGACGAAAAGAAGGAAAGAUCAAGAGAUCGGUCGAGCUCAAGAACAAGAGGCCACAGGUCGGAAUCGAGGUCGAGAAGGUCGCCAAAAUCGAGUCGGAGAUCAGAAUCGAGAGAUAGAAGGCAUCACUCGCCGACUUCGAGAAAACGAUCGGAAUCAAGACACAGAUCCCCGUCGCGAGACAGAAGAAAAAGAUCGCCGUCACGUGAUCGUCGUCGCUCCGAAUCGAGAACAAAUCUCGAAAACGUGGGUAGAUCCGAGGAGAAAUCAAGGAAGAGAAGCCCAAGUCGCCAAAGAAGAAGCAAAAAGGAUCCUGAGGCGGAUCAUCAUCACGGGUCUACAGCUAAUUUACGGGAUCAAGGAGGAGACCAAGGAAAACGCCGCCGAAGACGAAAAAACAAGGAGCGACCUGAAAAUCCCGACGAAGCGUUCUCUGCCCUUUAA